AAGUUAGGAUCGGCCCCGAAAAAGUUACAUUGGUUAGCUGUUGCCAUAGUAAUGGCCAGACUAAGAGAAUGCUUGACUAAACUGCAGCAAAGUCUUCUUGAUUCCGACUACAUUCAAGUUGAAGUUCAAAUAAAAGAAAUCUCUCAACUUUGUAACCAAAGGUUUUCGAAGCAAGAACUAGGCUUGUACUGUUCUCUUCUGUUAAAUAAAAGCUCUGGUAUUCUGUUGGUGCUUAACAAGAAUGUUUCACUAGCUGGGUUGAAACCUAGCCGAGAUUUGGUGUUGACGUUUCUUGUGACAUUUGUUCCGCGUGUGGGAAGCUACGUUCUUCAAUACGUUGAUGAUUUGAGAUCAUCUUGUUUAAACGUGUUCCGCAGCGAUGGUUAUUCAAGGAAUCGGGAAAAAGCUUUGCAGAUUUUUAACAAGUUAAUCGAAAACAGAAAAGUAGGCAUUAAUUUCGAUGGUGAUUAUAUAAGAGAAUUGGUGAGCAACAAUCUGUUUAAAGAACUUGCAAAAUCAGCAUCAAAAACCACAUCUUCAGUAUGUUGUCAAGUGUUUCAAGUCCUUGGUUCGCUGGCAAGAUAUUUCCCAGGUCACAUGACAACUUGGUCUGAAAGAUUGUAUGAAAUAUUCUUAAGAAGAAUAAAACUCGAGAUGGAAUCAACGAAAACAGCAGAUUUAAAAAUAAUAGAAGGUUGUUUGCUUGGUUUGCAUGGUUUAAUGUUUACAUUCACAUCUGCACAUGAUGAAGAACCUGUUAGGUGCGCUGAGAUUUAUAAAUAUGCAAAAACCAGUAUUAUGCAACGUGAGAGUUUGACGAGAUAUGCAGUUCCGCUGGCUGCAAUGAAAAUAUUCCGUGACCAUUCGUCUCAAUUUUCCAAUCUGCUGAUCGAUGACUACUCAGCAUUUUUCUCGGCAAUUGAAGGUUGGUUUCACCACAAGAAUUGGCAACUUAAGCACGCAGCACAUAUGGUCAUUAUCAGCUUCCUGAGACAAGUGACAAGAAAUAUAAGUGAUGGGGGAACCAACAACAACUCUUCCAUUCAUCUAUUUAAUUUUUUUAUGGAUAAAUUCCGAGCGAUGUUAGAUUCGAGUAGAACAAGCAAUAAGUCCCUCUCGGUGGCGAUAGAGGGUUAUGGCUUGUUCGCUGGACCAUGCAAACGGUUUCUUCCGAAAUCAGAAGUCCGUUACAUGUUCACUCAGAUGAUGAACCAAUGCGAAAAUAUUUUUCUUUUUGAAAAAGUUGAUUUUGACGACAAUCGAACACACCAACUGCCCACAUUUGUCCAGUCAUUGGCCAGCAUUACAAAACAAAUUGAAUCAAAAAAUGAAAAUGAUAAAAAUCCUAUUGGCUUACCUGAGUCUUACCGAACAUCAUUACAGAGGUUAAGUGUCCUCUUGAUUGAACGUUACCCAAAACUACACAGGAAAUAUUCAUUCUUGUGUCACAAUGCACUUAUUUCAGUGGCAGCUGCAUUUCUGGAAAAACAAGAAAUUUUAAAAACACUUUUGGAAUCCAUUGUGUACCAGGGUUUGGUAAGAUGCUGCGCGUACAAUGUGGUGGUCGGUACUGGAAGGGAUAGCUACGUUGAUUUAACUGACCAAGUAGUGGGCGAGGACGACUUGAAUGAUAUUUUACUCGACCCAAGAACCAUUACUUAUCGGGAUUAUAUUCCGUUGUGGUUGGCUCUGCUAGGAGAAAGCGAGAAAAAAGAGGUGCCAUAUGCUGUUAAUGAUAUUUUGAUGUGCGGUCAUCGAAAAGUCUGCCAUGAGAUGUAUACGGCUGCUUUUGUGAAAGCAAUCGUUGCAAUUGUGGAUAAACUGAACCUGGAGACAAGCGCAGAAAACAAAGAAGUUAUAGAAAAUCCAGGCUUAACUGACAAACUUAAAGCAAUGAACGUAACUGACUUCAAAAUCUUUGUAAAUCUUGUUGAUAUAUGUUGGGAGUUGUUGCCAAAAGCUGUCAACCAUAGAAGGUCAUAUUUUCUUGCUCACUUGCCAGAUCUUAUCUGUUUUAUGGUGGAGAAAUCAGAAAAGUAUCCAUUAGUAAGUGGAUUCUACAAGUUAAUUUCUACGUUGAUGAUACUUUCUAUCAAGUUGUUGUACUUCGAAGAUGAGCAUGAGGUGGCAGAGGAAUCAAUGGAGCAUGAUGGUAUACGAUGGUCACAUGACAACCAACAAAAUAAUGUGAAAUGCAUCGUACAGAAAUAUGCAACGCAAGUUGCUGCACGAUGUAAGCAAUAUAAAGAUGAACUACUGACUGCAUGCUUGUACUUCUUAUUAAGCUUACCUAAUGAUGUUUGCAAAGAUAUUCUACCACAGCUUAUACCUGCUGUUCAGAGAGCUUGCCAGCUUGGUCUAAGUUACUCUCCGUUAUCAGAAGCUCUCAUGUCAGCUUUGCUAAGAUGGAGAUCAAUAUUUAUUUCUAACAGAAAAUGUUAUCUAGAUAUAGUUGGAUGUUUGCAACCGUACUUUAAUCUCAGUGAAGAGACGACAAACAGCACUCAAAACACUUUAAAGUUGAAACCAAAAUCAAGAUCUUUUGCACAAAAGCUCAUGUCAUUAAAGGAACUAGAUGAACCAGCAAGAAAAAAGGCAAGAAAUCAAGUCAUUCGUUUCUUGGGAAGCAUGGGGUGUAGUGAUGAUCAUGGAGAUUUGAAUGAAGAUGCAGGUCUUGCUGUUGCUCCAUGGGAUGAGGAUGUCAACAUCCAAUAUCCCAUCCCAUUCCGUGAUCUGAAACCAUGUAUAAGACUUGAUAAAUUCCUUCCCCGUAUUAUGGAGUUAGCUACUCAGGGUGGGGAACGGAAAGCAAAAAUAUCAGCAUGCGAGCUUCUGCAUUCAAUCACCAUUUAUAUCAUUGGUAGAAACGCUCAAAUCAGUAAUGUGGAACGAAGCACUCACUCUAUGGCGUCCUUGUAUAAAAAACUUGUCCCUGUCUUACUGCAGCUUGCAUGUGAUGUAGACCAGGUUUGCAAACAGUUAUUUGAUCCACUAAUCAAACAAAUGAUUCACUGGUUCACCAACAACAAGAAAUUUGAAAGCAAAGACACAGCAAUUUUGUUGAACUCUAUAAUGGAAGGGCUUGUGGAUGAAGAAAACGCAACACUUCGCGAACUUUGUGCUGAUUCUGUUCGGGAGUUUCUUGUUUGGUCAAUCAAACAAAAUCCGAGCGCCGAAAAGCAAGUUCGGAAUAACGCAAAGUCCCUUUUCAAGCGUCUGCACAGCUUAGCUCUUCACCCAACCCCAAUGAAACGAUUGGGAGCUGCAUUGGCAUUCAAUCAUAUUUAUCGUGUUUUUAGAGAGCAGAACACAUUGGUUGAUGAAUUUAUUUUCGAAACGCUCGUGACGUUUAUAAACAGCUUAUCGUUGUCACAUGUUGAUGAAAUGUUCAUCGGGACUCAAAAAGUUUGUAAGCAGGCAUUAGAACACAUAGAACGCAUCAUUUCAGUCAAAUCAUCCAUGUUAUGCAAACCGUCCGAUAUCAGAAGAACUCCAAGAUGUUUUACAAACACCACGUCCAUCACACUUAGUUGGAUCGUUGAAUGGUUGUUUGACCAAUGCGGGAGACCACAGACUGAGUGUCGACACAUGUGCAUGCAUUUAUUCCAUGAGUUUAUUAAGUUGCUGCCAACUGAGGAAAGAUCGGCAACUUCCUGGGUGAAACGUAAACUCACUAAAUAUGGGGCUGGGAAUCUGGUAAAAAGAUUUGAAUGGGGUUUGGUAAACAUGCAGCCAGUUUUAAACAAAGAAAAAUUGACAAUUAAAAUUCUUUGUGGUUGGUUUGAUCAUGUUAUUGCUGCAAUUGAAGUUUAUUCUUGGCUUUUCCAACAAAAGAUUCUUUCUCCUUCUAUAGUGUGGAGUGGUGAGGCAAACACAUCAUGUUUGUUCAAAUAUCUUACAUACUUCAUGGUGAAUAUAUCUGCAAAAAGUGCUGAACAAUUGACUUCAUUUUCUGCUGAUUCAAAAGGUCUAACCCCCAAGGAAAUAUCUUCUUUCAACGAUUUAAAGUUCACAGUUGUCAUCAGAAUCAUGGAAUUCUUCAGUGCUUUACUUAAAAACUAUAACCAGGAAGCUAUCAAGGUUGUCCCUAAAUCAAUGUGGGAACAGGAAUAUUACAUUGGGUUGCUUACUUACGCUGUAGUGAGUCCAUAUGUGCUUGGUUUUACUUCCACCAAGGAGACAGAUCUUGAAAAUCUUCAAGCCCUAAACACUUCAGCAUUGCAAGCAGCAUUGACUCAUUUGCCUCAAAAUAAAAACAACUUACUGGUUGCGAGCAUAGCUGAACGAUUAGCCGGCAUUGGUUCUCUGUUCGAGUCGCUACCCUUUCCAUUUGGAAGCACCGCAUCUCAUACAAAUAAUGCAAUCCAUCUCAUCACUGGCCACCAAACACUAAACUCUUGCGAAAUACUUCUAAGAAUUUUUCAGGAAUUUCCAAACAAGAUCCCAGGUGCUAAUAAUGUUACCAGUGCAUCUGAAGCAUUAAUCGCAUCAGUGUUUGAUUCCGUGGUUAAACUAGAUGACAGUGAGGAGGCGCUCACACAAAAUGAAGUGACACCUCAUAAUAUUCAACUUGGCAACAAAAUUUUACAACUCUCAUUGCACAUGGCAGAAGCAGCAAAAAAAAAGCUGGUGAAUUGCAUUUUCAGCAAUAAACAAGUUGCAACGCUUAAUUUUGACGUUGAAUCACACAGAAGCAAAGGAAUUUUAUUUCUUUCAACUUAUUCACUUGCUAUCUACAAGGAACUUUGCCAACACCCUGCUCUCUAUAUACCUCUUAUUACCAACCAUACCUGUAAAGCUGAUGCAAGCACUUGUAACUUUAUCUUGACGGGUGUUCUUGAUUAUCUAGCCACAAACAGACAUGCUCGCAAACAACACGCUGCCUCAGUUUGCGAUUUAAUUUUAUGCCAAUUUGAUAAAAACCUGAAACCAUGGAUAAACACAGAUGAAGAUACGGACAAUCUUAACAACUUGCUUACAUUACUAAGGAAGAUAAUAAUGUUGGACUCAUCAGUUUGCACGAAACCAAACCACCCUUGCCACUCAACUGUGUUUACAAUUUACACUUCAACAAUUUCAUCGAAUAAAUUGGAUCUCAGUUUUAAGAACCAGGUUUGUAUUGUUUGUGUUUUCGUAUUUACAACAAACCAACUUCAGAAGUUAUAA